AUGGAUCAAGAAAUAAUUAAUAAAUCAUUUAGGAAUUCGUUCAAUAAAAUUUAUAAAAAAUAUCCAAAUUAUGGUUAUCAUCAUAAUGUUAACACAAAAGAUUGGUGGAAUAUGGUUAUAAAAGAAACACUAUUGGAAUCUGGAUUACAUGAAAAAAAAUUGGGAGAAAUAUUUGAAUUAUUGUCAGAUUCAUUAUAUAAUAUUUUUAAAACUUCUCAAGCUUACGAGUUAUUUCCUGAAAUUGAAAAACCUUCAAAAUUGAUUUUUCAAAAAGCUCUAGACAUAAUCAACGAUGAUAAUAAGAAUUUUAUUACCGAUAAAGAAUCGCUGCACGUUGGAGAUAAUGAAGAAAAAGAUUAUUUUGGUGCUAUUGAUUCAGGCUUUGGCGCUUUAUUACUAAAAAGACAAUCUUAUAGUAGCAAUAAAUCAAGUUUAAUAAUUUCCAAUUUGGGACAGGUUUUAAAUUAUUUGAAAAUUAAAUAA